AUGAGCAACACUGCUACAUCUAGUAGCUCUGCUACGGCCAACAAGAACGAGAAGCUUCCGCCUGGUGUUGUACUAGACAAAGAUGGCAAACCAUGUCGCCUUUGCACUUCCGCCGCAUCCUGGCGCACAAUGGCCAAAAAGGCCUCGACAGCUUCGAGCAGCGUAGCAGCUGGCGCCGUCCUUGCCUCUGCAACACCUUCGUCGUCUUCUUCUUCUUCUUCUUCUUCUAGCACAUCGAACGAAUGCCCUCCGGAUGUCGAACAACUCGGCCGCUCAACAUGGACACUCCUGCACUCCCUCACAGCCUCAUACCCAACCACCGCCUCCAACGAACAACAAACCGACAUGCGCUCCUUUCUGGGACUCUUCUCCAAGCUAUACCCUUGCUGGGUCUGCGCCGACGACUUCCGGUCAUGGAUGGCUGACCCGAGUGGGAAGAAUGAGCCGAGAUUGUCGAGUCGCGCCGAGUUUGGGCAGUGGAUGUGCGAGGCGCAUAAUGCGGUGAAUCGGAAGCUGGGGAAGAAGGAGUUUGAUUGUAAUUUCUGGGAGGAGAGGUGGCGGACGGGCUGGAAGGAUGGUCGAUGUGAUUGA